AUGCCCUCUUAUUUCUACCACAUCGCUCUCGAGAUCCUUGCACAACCUGAGAAAACCUCUUCUUUCGAUUCCGGCACUCCCCAAUUGGCCGCCAGCUCCCUCUCUUACGAAUCCGCGCGCGAAUCUCUUCUUCCCUUCCAACGUCGCAGCAGAGACAGCAAAACCACACCUGCGUCAACACUGCGGGGUGGGUGGAAUUUCAGUUCACCUAGGACGACUGCGUUGAGUUCUUACGACCAGGAUCAAUGUCUGGUCCCACCAUCGUCAUCGGCUUAUCUCUCCAGCGACUUGACGACCGAACCAGAUUUGAGACUUGAUCAAAUAUCCAUCCAAAGUAUCGAUAUGAUAACCCCAACCCACGGCAACACGGCGACCUAUGCAAAGCGACCCGAUGAGAGCACUGCGAGAAGCGGCGAUGAGAUCGCAACAGGCAUCGGAACGGACAUUCUAGGCGGUCUGCACACGAAGGGGAAAUACAUUCCACUUGAUCAGACGUUGCCUGAUAGCGUGUUUGGUAUAGUUCAUUUGUACCGAGAUGCAAAAGAGACCCCAUCGCUCGCCCUCGAUGACCAUCCAUUGUAUCUCAAGGGAUCGUCUGCCGCCCGCCAACCAAGAGAUCACAAUGGCAGCGAAGAUAUACAGUACAGCAGCAACUCGUCGUAUGUUUCGUUGCCCGAUGCGGACUGUACGACGCUGUGUAUCCUGGCUGUUCCAUCAUACAUGUCACCCUCGGAUUUCCUUGGUUUUGUUGGGGAGGCGACGAGAGAUGAAGUCAGUCAUUUCCGGAUGAUCAAGACUGCUAGAGCGAAUCGGUAUAUGGUGUUGAUGAAAUUUCGAAAUGGGAAAAAGGCACGAGAAUGGCAAAAGGAUUGGAAUGGGAAGGUUUUUAACAGCAUGGAGCCCGAGACUUGUCAUGUUGUCUUUGUCAAGUCUGUUGAGAUUGAGGUCGCCAGACCAACCCCGACAACCCGGAUAUCCGAUGUUUCGAGACAAUCGUUUUCUACAAACCCCUCGAGAUCGCUGGGUGCUGCAGCAAACGCAUCCCCAGGCCUAUCUUCCGCAUCGCUCUCUACAAGACCUAUUGCUCCACCUACGCCUUCUCUCGUAGAAUUGCCCACUUGCCCGGUCUGCCUAGAACGAAUGGACGAAACAACGGGUCUUUUGACUAUAAUCUGUCAACAUGUUUUCCACUGCACGUGUCUUCAAAAGUGGAAAGGGAGCGGAUGCCCUGUGUGCCGAUAUACCUUGGACGAUUUCGCUCUCCGCAGCCAAGUUGCUAUGGAUGGACCACCAGCUGAAUGUGGCGUGUGCCACUCCGAGCUCAACCUAUGGAUGUGCUUGAUAUGCGGUAGUAUUGGGUGCGGCCGAUACGAUGAAGCGCAUGCAUUUGCUCAUUAUAAAGAAACCUCCCACGCAUUCGCCAUGGAUCUUUCGUCGCAACGAGUGUGGGAUUAUGUGAGCGAUGCAUAUGUUCAUCGUAUAAUCCAAAGCAAGACCGACGGCAAACUGGUCGAGCUUCCUGCAGCAGAUAACUCGGCGCUAGAUCCUCCCGACUGGACCGACGCUGUUCCCCGAGAGAAACUAGAGAAUAUGAGCGUAGAAUACACCCAUCUUCUAACGAGCCAACUCGAAAGCCAACGCGCCUAUUUCGAGGAUAUUGUCGAACGUGCGGCAGACAAGGCAUCAAAAGCGAGUGCCGCAGCAUCCGCUGCUCUCGAAUCCGCUGAACAAGCCAACGAAAAACUCAAAGAUCUACAGCUACGUUAUGAUGCUAUCGCCAAAGACAGCGUGCCCGGCUUAGAGAAGGAAAAAGACCGCGCCGGUCGUCGAGCCGAGAAAUUUGAAACUAUGGCACGUAAACUCGAGAAAGAAUGGCGCGAAGAAAAAGCCAUGAACGAGAACCUGGUCAAACGUGUCGAACUACUAACCGAAGAAGUCACCAAGCUGAAGACUGAGAAUGCGGAUUUGACGGAACAGAAUCGCGACUUGAGUUUUUAUAUUAGCGGCUCGGAGAAGCUGAAGGACCAGGGCGAUGAUAUAGUUGAAGGGACAAUUAGUAUACCUGAGAAUUCGUCGAAAAAGAAGGGGAAGGGGAAGAAGAGGUGA